GCUAAUAUAAUUACUGAUCCUCAGAUUUUCAAUAGAAAACUAUGAAUAAUGGUUGUUCUUGGUAAUCAACGAUUAUUAUAAAUCAUCCAGUGUCUGAUCCUCAAAUAAAAAUAAACAAUUACCAACAGUACUCUUCGAGAAAUCGCUCGCGGGAGAUACGUAUGACGAAAAAAAUUAACACUGAUCGUAUCGAAGAUGGCGCCGAUCUAAACAAUAGCAGGAAGGUCAAUUAUGUCAUAAAACGAGUAACUUGAGAUUGCAAAUACUCGAUGUUCAUUUGUUUUUGUUUCAUCUAAAGUGGUGGUGCCUGCUCAGGUACGUGAUCGUCUUCAUCUUCAGUGAGGUCGCGGUACGACUGCGUUAUAGGGAGAUAUGGAGAAAUUCGUGGUAUUGAUUAGUUAUGCUUGUUUAUUUAGUGUCGUUUUAUGUGACGAUUUGCAUCUAAUUGAGCCAAAACCUGGUCAGUGCUUCGAUACAUACACAGAGAACCAACCUAUCUACUUGGGACGAAUUCCCAGGGCCUGCAUUAGAAAAUUACGGGAUCAAAAGGACUGCGUUGGUUUACGUACUAAAAAUAACGAAACCAUUGUAUUGGAAUGUAAAGGCUCUAGGACGUCUAAGACGUUGGACCCUGGAUGUUACCGCAUAAUAGACAAGGACGGAAGUGAUGGAGUGGUUUGUCAAAAAUACAUGAAGAGGAGAGGCUGUGAAGUGAUUACCACACCUAGCAACCUGAACAUAGAAGUGUACUGUCAUCCUGUGUUGGGAGGUGACGCCAGUGUAAUUGUUGUGAAGGAUAAUAAACCACGAAGGGAGAGGAGGAGCAAAAUACAUGAUGCAAACUUUUCCGCAUGA